AUGAAUGACGACGUGGUGGCUCAGUUUACUGAGAUCACCGGCUCCAGCCCGGAGUUGGCAAGCCAGUACUUGCAACUGGCCGAUUUCAACAUCGAGCAGGGUGUGUCGCUUUACUUCGAAAACGGAGGUGCGCCUUUAACAGACGAGCCUUCAAUGUCCGGGCCUCAAAGAGCUUCUGGCCGCCAAGACGAAUCUGGGGUCGUUCACAUCGACUCCGACGACGAUGUCACCGUUGACGAAACGCGGUCAGCGCCUCGGGGCCGGCCAGCACCAGCAGCGGCCUUUGAAGAUGAUGAGGCUAUGGCACGACGUCUACAGGAAGAAAUAUACGGUGGAGGAGGUGGUGGAGGUGCAAGAGGAGAAGACGAUGUGCGGGCUCCGAUGGCGCGCACGACAGAAACCUUGGUGGGACCAGAGGAUGAUUUCGAUGAUGACAUGCAGGCUAGUAUAUUGGCCCGAAUGCGGUCUCGUGGUCAACGGAGCAACCGACCUGGCAUCUUCAACCAACGCGACACCUCGUCCAUCUGGGUCGAAGAUUCCGAUCAGGCCAAUCGUGAGAGGCUUGCAGCAGCUACCGGAGGCGCUUCAGAAACGUCGAAUAAGUCGAGCAUGCUCGCUGAAAUGUACCGCCCGCCGUUUGAGAUCAUGUCGAGGCUCCCGUGGGACGCAGCUCGUGAGGAAGGCCGCGAUAACGAAAAGUGGAUAUUGAUCAACAUUCAAGAUUCGUCAAUUUUCGACUGUCAGGUCCUCAACAGAGAUCUGUGGAAAGAUCCGACUGUCCAGGAAACGAUCAAAGAGCACUUUAUCUUUCUGCAAUAUUCCAAAGACGACCCUCGUGCAACGCCGUAUCUGCAAUAUUAUUUCCAGGCGCACGAUGUCGGCGACAACUACCCCCAUAUUGCUAUUGUUGACCCUCGUACCGGUGAACAGAUGAAGGUGCUGUCAUCGGGACCACCCGUGGUCAAGCCAGCCGAUUUUCUGAUUCAACUUCACGAGUUCCUUGAUCGAUACAGUUUGAAGGUCAAUGUGCGGAAUCCUGUGGCAAAGCGGAAGCCCGAAAAGAAGGAGAAGACUGUCGAUGCUAUGACGGAAGAAGAGAUGUUGGAAAUGGCAAUGAGGAAUAGUUUGGGCGAAGGAGCAACUCAAGCCCCCAAAUUGGAGGAUCCUGAUGAGUUGACCCGCAGUGUCGAAGAUGUUAAAGGCAAGGGCAAAGUUCCUGAAGCGGAGGACAUCAGCAUGGGUGGAGUGAAGGAGGAGGAACUCGAUCCCGAGACUUCGUUAUUCGUAUCGAUUCCAGCAGACCAGCCACAUACAGAGCCUCCCGCUGACCCAACGACAACCACCCGUAUACAAUUCCGACACCCAUCUGGAAGAGUGAUUCGGCGCUUUGCCCUGUCCGAUCCUGUACGACGUAUCUAUGAAUGGCUGAAGGCUGAUCCUCCUCUAGAGGACAAAAAGGGUGUCACAUUCGAGCUCAAUGCUAUGGGUCGCAACCUGAUCAACCAGCUUGACGAGAGUGUCGCAGAUGCUGGGUUGAAGAACGGAACAGUUAUGAUCGGAUAUCACGAAGAUUAA